UGGCCGUGCCGCGGAGCCUCAAGGGAGGGGCGGGGCGCGCCGGUCUCGCGCACGCUCAGUGCAGCCUGCCAGCCGUGCGUCCGAGUAGUUGUGCUCUCUGUUGCCGCGCGCCAUGGCGGCGUCCGGGUCCGCGGUGCUGAAAGAUGUGGUGGCCUAUGUGGAAGUGUGGUCUUCCAAUGGGACAGAAAAUUACUCAAAGACAUUUACAGAGCAGCUUAUGGAUAUGGGGGCAAAGGUUUCAAAAACUUUUAACAAACAAGUAACUCAUGUUGUCUUCAAAGAUGGGUACCAGAGCACUUGGGAUAAGGCCCAGAAGAGGGGGACAAAACUUGUCUCAGUGCUCUGGGUUGAAAAGUGCAGGAUGACUGGUGUGCAUGCUGAUGAGUCCUUGUUCCCGGCAGCUAAUCCCAGAGAGCACACAACAAGCCUGGUGAAAAAAAAGCGUAAGUGCAUGCAGCCCAAAGAUUUCAUUCCUAAAACACCAGAAAAUGAUAAAAAACUUCAGAGGAAAUUCGAGAAGAUGACUAAAGAGCUACAGAGACGAAAGACAGCUCCAGAUAACAACGUGCCUGUUUUCUUACUUGAGUCUUGUGGCUCAUUGACGUAUAGUUCCUCAGUUAAAAUCAAUAGUUACCAGGACACAAUGGAGAAGAGACUGCAGGAGAUGAAGGAGAAAAGGGAACAUCUUUCCCCUACCUCAUCCCAGAGGACCGAGCUGGCUCAGGAAACUCCAGAUGACUCUCUGUGUGAAGCAUCUGUGAACAUUUCCGGGGGUACUUUGUAUGCAGGUAAAUCCUUUGCUGGUGAUUUACACUCAUCUUUGGAUGAUCUCUGUGGAAAUCAGGAGAGGAAAUUGGAAGAAUCUGUUAAGGAAAUUAAAAGUGAAGCGUGCAAUUCCUCACCUGUACUGAGAACAGGUCACACUGGCUCACUAGCAUCGUCCGGCAGCCUCAGUGAGUUGGAUCCCCAGAAACCCCCAGGUGCUCUUCCAAAGGAAGGAAUCAAUUGGCCACAAGACCCAGGUGGUGAAAUAGUCACCCUAGAGAGAAAGCAGGCUGCAGAGGUAUCUGAAAUGAGUGAGGAAAAAAGCAGCCCGUCUCCUGCGACAUCUGCAACCAGAAGGCAUCUCUGGCUGCAAACAGUGCUCCGGAGCUCCUUGGCAAACAGGACAAGGGUGUCUGCGGACUUGUACACACCUCUGAGAGAAACGCCGAAGAGGAGGAGGAGCAGCCAGAGGUCCUCAAUGCCCUGCACACAACUGCUCAGGUCCAGAUACUGCCUACAAUUCCCAUUCUCAUCCACUGUGGAGACUCCUGACAGUGGGGCAUCCUCUUACGAGGAUUACUUCUCCCCCGAGAACCUCCAGGAGAGGACCUCAGGGAACUAUCCUUCUGGGUCUCAGCCUUUGUCAUGUCCUGCUCCCCUCACCUGCAGAAGCCUUUCCCAGAGGGAGAGAGCCAAUAUCCUAGAAAUGUCUGACCUCACUUGUAUUGGGGAAAAACCAAGAGUGGUCAGCCUCACCAAUUUGAAUGCAAAAGCUAACUCCAGGUUUCAGAGUCCUGCAUGCGUCGCUGCAGAGGACACAUCUGCUGCUGAGAAAAACCCGGAGUGCUGCAGGCAGGCUGGGCAUUACCAGGCAGAAGAUGCAGGGCCCACAGCAGGUCACCAUGCUACCCAUGACCCUGCUGGUCCAUGGCAGGAAGGCAGCUGCUCCCCUGUGGUGGGGAGUAGAGCACAGAGAGAACUGGCUGGCAGGAGAAGCAUCCAGAAAGAGGGCCCCACUGCUGCAGUGCCUGAGUCCCCUGUAGGGCAAGCACAGGACUGCAAGCUAUGUCUCGGAGAAGAGCAACCUGCAGAGGAAGAAAAGGAAAAUGUAGCCCUGGGAUACAGUGGAAAUUUUAGAAAUGAACCAACGAGGCAUGACGUUUCAGACAGCUCAUGGGAGGGCGCCCAGGACCUCAGCAGACAUCAUGAGGAGUCCAGAAAGAAUGGGAAAAACCAGUCUCAGCCAACAAGAACAUUAGUCAUGACAAGCAUGUCGUCAGAGGAGCAGAGCAUUGUCAUGCAGGUGGUGGACACCCUAAAAGGCUUUGCUGUGGCGCCGGAAGUCUGCGAGAGCACCACACAUGUGCUGGCCGGGAAGCCGCUACGCACGCUCAACGUGCUGCUGGGGAUCGCACGAGGCUGCUGGGUGCUCUCCUAUGAGUGGGUACUGUGGUCUUUGGAGCUGGGUCAUUGGAUUUCUGAGGAGCCUUUUGAACUCUCUACCUACUUCCCAGCAGCUCCUAUCUACCGGCACCAGCGCCACCUGUCCCUCGGACAGUACCGCGGAGCACUCUUUGCCAACCAGCCCCCGAUGUUCAUCUCGCCAGCCAGCAGUCCCCCCAAGGCCAAGCUGUGUGAGCUGGUGCUGCUCUGUGGGGGCCGAGUCAGCCAGGGGCCGCGCCAUGCCAGCCUCCUCAUCGGGCCCUGCCUCAGACAGAGCAGGCCAGGCGUGCAGUGCCUGUCCGAAAAGUGGGUCCUAGAUUCCAUCACGCAGGACAGGAUCUGCGACUUUGAUAGCUAUCUGCUGCAGGGAAGUGCUGCAGUCAGCUCGAGGCGCUCACAGACUGGACAGGAGGCCCCAGCGCAGGACGGUCCUGACCCCAGCCUUGGCUCAUCCUGAGCCCCUCUGUGUGCAGGUGCAGACUUGGCCUCAGCUCAGACCGGCUGGAUAGCCCUUUCCGUGGAUGUGGCUGCUGGAAGGUGAGAGGCUCAUGGCAUCUUUGUUACUUGUCAUUAAUGCACUGUCUCCCAAAUAAAGAGAGGAAUUUCCCUUGAAUCAUUUCAUCACUCAGAGAGAUCAGAGACAUCCCCAAGCUUCCUGGCUCAGACUCAAGUCCCCAGCAGCACAGAUAGCCAGGACAAAGGACCCCUGUUUGUUCCACUCAGAGGCACUGCAGAAGGCAGCUCUGUGGACCUAGGACGAGGGCUGGGUAUGCAGAAUGUCACCGUAAGGCACAGGGCAUGCUCCUGGAGUUGGGCCCUGGGGCAAUCACCUCCCAGCAGGAGGAAGGAGCCACCAAGAGCUCUGAGCAGGUCUGUUUCUGCACCGGCCUUUCCUCAGCUGGGUGUACUCUCUGGAGUGGCCCCCUUGGAAUGCUCAUCACUACCUAGACAGCAGAACCUCAAAGUCAUGCAGCCCACCCUGUGCUGAGAGCUUCAGGGCCUCCUGUGUCUGUCCUGCACCCCAGCAUUCCCACAAUGCAAGCACAAGUAAUACUGUCUGGUGUUGGGGACACCCAUGUGGAAAGGACCCCAUCCCAGCCUUGUCCUCCAGGCUGCAUGCCCAGCACCAGUGCUACUCUGUGAUGCCAGCGGCUGGCCAAGAGCCUCUCCUGAGGACAGGCACAUACCAGGCAGCAUGAUGACCACAGCACCCGUGGGGCCACAUAGCCUCAGCCUCCCCAGCCCUGCACAUCCCUUCCUGCGGCUACACAACCUUCCCCAAGAGCAGGGCCCAAAGUUCUCAGAGCUCUGUUUUUAAUUCUGAAAGGGAUGGGGCUCUUCCACAUCUACUCAAGUUUGCAGUAAAGAGCCUGGCCAGAGGCAGAAGGCAGGAAAAAUUAAAGGCACACAGAUUAGAAGUCAAGAAGGCUACAUUGGACAUAGAAAAUUGUGUGGAAUAAAAGAAGAAAACACUAGAACUAGCCCAGCAUGGUGGUGCACACCUGUAACCCAGCACUUGGGAGGCUGAGGCAAGAGGAUCACUGAGAGAUCAAGAACAGGACUUCCAGGAGAACAUGGCAGACAGAUAGCAGCAGCUAUGGAGGCUGUCUGAAAGACUCAGCUUAGAAUUCAGGAAUGGUGCAGAGUAAGGAAUCAUAAGCAAGUGGAGAUAUGCCCUGCUGACCUAAGAACGAACUGGGCUGAGAGAAACCAACUUGGAAUGCAAUCCUGGUGCUAUAACAGGAACAGAAAAGCCUCAGUGUGGAAGCUGGAGCCCGCGCCAUUGGAAGACACGAUUUGAGUUUCCUGCCGCACGGCGGCUGCGUCUACAUCGGCUCGGCAGGGAGAGAGACGCGCGGAAGCUCUGAGAAUGGGAAUCGGCGAAUGGAGUUGGAAACAGGACGGGCAGGGAGCUGUGCAUUGACUUGUGGUGAGGUGAGUGAGAGAUACUGACACUCUUCCACAGUUUAGGAGACUCCAGCGGAGGACAUUCUGGGACUGGACAGACUUGCGGGAGCGGGGCGCUGCAGCAACUUCAGCCACGUAUCCCCCUCUCAAGCGGGAUUGGUGAGAAGUGCCUAGCCUACGUGACGCUGCUGGCUGAGACCCAGUAGGCUAGCACAACCCAGAUCCCAGAGCCCGAGGGUGGCCUGGAGGGGCGGGCCCCGCGUAGGCUGCCUGGUCUGCAACUUCCUGGUGUGCUGCGGUGGGCGGGAACACCUAGCCGGCGCAAUUCGAUCAGGCUGUGGCUGACAGGGAGGGAAGCUGGGCCUCCUAUAUACGCUUGCAUAUAUAAGGAACAAAGAAUAUGGGAAGAGGGAGCAACAAGAAAGGGCCUUUGGCCCCCAAUCCUGAGAAACAGGCAAUAGCGGGCACCGCACCAAUAGACAUAAAGCACUAUCUAGAGAGCCUCAUAGAUGAGUUCAGGAAUGAAGUUAUUAAUGACCUGAAGCUAGAAAUAAGCAGAAUAGUUAGAGAAAUGCUAAGCACCAGCCAAGAAAAAAACAGAUGGUGGAAUGGAAGAACAGAAAAAGAGGGGAGAAUUGUUUGAUGGAGACAAUAGAGAAAACAUAGAAUACGUGAAGCAGGUUCAAAGAGACUACCAGGAAACUAAAAACUCUAUCGAAAACUGGCAUAACAGCUUGAAAGAAACUAAGGACAGACUAUUUGAACUGGAGGGCAGAUUUGUAAUAUGGGAGAAUGAAAUGAAAAACUUUUUAAAAGUAACAAAGAAACAAACAGCAAUAAUACAAAGACUAGAAGAUGAUAAGAGGAUCCAUAACUUAAGAAUUAAGAACAUAAAAGAAGAAGUAGGGACACAAACAAAUGAACUACAAAAGCUACUCACAGAAAUAAUCCAGGAGAAUUUUCCUAAUUUAGCAAAAGGUAAAGAUACUCAGUUGUAUGAAGCAUACAGGACCCCAGCCACCUACAACCCAAACAGAGCAACACCCAGGCAUAUAAUAAUAAAAAUUCCAGAAAUUCAAUACAAGAACAGAAUAUUAAAAGCUGUCAGAGACAAGAAACAGAUCACUUACAAGGGAACACCCAUCAGAAUUACAGCAGAUUUCUCUGCACAAACCAUCAAAUCAUGAAGAGCGUGGGGGGAAAUAAGCUUUGAAAGAUAAUAAUCUCCAGCCAAGAUUGAUAUAUCCUGCACAACUAUCCCUGGAAAUUGAUGGAAAAACAAGGUGCUUCCAGGAUAAAGAGGAACUAGGGGAAUAUGCAACCACCAAUUCAACUCUACAGAGAAUACUGCAGGAUAUUCUAAAAAAGAAAAAUACAAAGAAUCCAGAAAUAGUGGCCAAGACCACAGUGAAUGGAGCAGAAAACAAAAUGAAGAAGACAAACUGACAACUAAUGACAGAAAAAGAGCUCAACAGAAAUGAGGCAGAGAAGAUUGGAUGAUAGGGAAAAGCUAUUUUGGAGAAAAUGACAUCUUAAUAGGUAAUACUGAUUUAGUAUCAUCUUGUUUUGAAGUCUCAUCAAGCUUUUGUUCUUCUGUGUCCAUUGGUCUAAACAGGUUGUAUCUUAUUGGAUUUUAUUAUGUAUGAUAGUAUAAGCAAAAACUUUUAAAGACAAGGAAAUUAUACAGAAACCAUUGUUCAUUUUCUGUUAGUUGAUUCUAAAUACCCUGUAAUGCUGUCAUUCUCUUAAAUGGUUUUACAUUGUUUUGAUAUAUUUGAUGCUACAGUAUACGAAGUUACACUCAAAGAUUUCAAGGAAAGAGACAAUAUGGUAACUACUUUUAUGUCAGGAUUAUCUUGUGGUGAAACACUAUUCUACUUAAAUGGUUAUGUUUUGAUCUACGCUGUUUUGCUGUUAUGCCCUCUUUUAUCUCAAUCUCCACUUCAUUAUUUACUUUUUUAUUUUUAUCCUUUUAAUUAAGGGAAAAAUAAAUAAAAAAUAGCAGGAUAUAUUAUAGUAACCCACUUUGACUUUCCAUUAUCUUGAUUUAAAGCCCUGUAUUACUCUUACCAUCUUGUUUUUGACUGAUGUCCCUCUAUUCUGUUUUGCUUGAUAGUACCAGGUUCGAAAGUUUAGGCAACAGCUGCGAAGAUAGUGAGAUUCAUUAUGAUGCCCAUUCUCGUUGACUAUUAUCUACUUUUGAAGACCUAUAAUGUCUCCAAUGUUUUGGUUUUGUUGGUUUUGUUCUUUACUGUUUUGUUCAAUUUUAUUAUAACUGAUGAUAUAGGCAAUUCUAUUAGAGAUAGCAGGAGGCAUUAUGGUAACCAUUGUUGAUCACCUUGUAUUAUGCUUUUACAUUAUCUAUUAUGUCCACACUUUUGAUUUGACUGACUCUGUUCUGUUAUGUCACAUUUGGUUCUACUCCCUUCCAAAAAAGUAAUAAGAACUGUGGGAGCAACAAAGCCCAAAAUGUGUAAUUGUCAUUGUACAAAAGAGAGGAAAAGAAAGUGCUCUAAACGAUAUAACUGCAUGUAUAUUUAAGUGUAUAAGAUAGAUAACGAUAUCACUGAGUUUUGUUGGAUCACUGAACGGAACUGUUUGCAGUCUCACUGUUGGAAUGUCCACUUUCCAAGCUUUAGUUUUGCAACUUGAACAAUUAUUUCUAAGAUGACAAUAUGUAAUCCUACUACUAGUGAUUUCCUACUGUUUUUUUUUUCUGUAAAUCUGUAUAACUUGUACCCUUUCUCUGCUGUUUUAUUCUCCUUAAAUAAAAUUUUUAAAAAAGAGAGAGUUCAAAAACAGCCUGGGCUACAAAGUGAGCUCAAGCUCACUUUGCAGCCUGAACUGCAUAGAGAGACCCUGUCUCAAAAAGAUAACACACAAACCCACACACACUAGAACUCACAAAUUUAGCAAGAUCACACUGUAUGGAAUCAAUAUACAACAAAAAACACAAAAUUGCAGCAGUUAGAAAUGUAGUAAGAAUGAGCAUAUAGAUUGGGGAACACAGUAAGAAAUGCAGGAGUAAAUCUUACUGUAGAGGUGAAUCGUACUGUAGAGGUAAAUCGUACUGUAAGAUGAAUCCUAUUGUAGAGUGAAUCCUACUGUAGAGGUAAAUCCUACUGUAGAGAUGAAUCCUAUUGUAGAGUGAAUCCUACUGUAGAGAUGAAUCCUAUUGUAGAGUGAAUCCUACUGUAGAGGUGAAUCCUACUGUAGAGAUGAAUCCUAUUGUAGAGUGAAUCCUACUGUAGAGGUAAAUCCUACUGUAGAGAUGAAUCCUAUUGUAGAGUGAAUCCUACUGUAGAGGUGAAUCCUACUGUCUGUGAUCUGAUUCUAGCAAAGGUGCCAAGGCAGUAGGGGUAGUAGAAUAUUCUUUUCAACAACUGGUUCUGGAAAAGGCAAAUAAUGAAAAUUCCAAACAAACUUAUCUAGAAGAGGGAGCACACACCUGCGGUCCCAGCUGCUCAGGAGGCUGAGUCAGGAAGAUCACUGGUUUUGAUAUAUCUCAUAAAGAAAAAGGAAAGAAGAAAGGAGGCCCUUAGGUCCUUAUCCCACACCACACAUAACAGUGUAUGCCAGUGGACAAAGACCCUGGCAUCACUCCCACUGUGGAUGGGACAAGUUCCCGGGGAUGAUGGUGGUGUGUGACAGUGUGUUGAUUCCCCUCCCAUGGUGCCCAACUAGUUACCAGGUGACAGGAACACAGCCCACCCUUCUAUGCUGCCCAGGACACAUCCUCAUCCCUCCAGCAUCCCUGUGAGGACUGUGAGUCUAUGAGGACUGUGAAACUGUGGAGAGACAUGGCAGGACACUGGUCCCACCUGCAGGCUCAGCUCACAGAAACAGAAGUCGGUCUGGGUCAGCAAGUGGACAUUUUUACUAUUCCAGAUAAACCACUGAGAAACUCCUGAGCUUCUGUCCACAUCAUGCAGAGGAUUCAUCACUCACUGCUGAGAUGAGCAAGAGCAGGCAGCUCUUCACACACAGGGAUGUGUGAUCAGCUGAUGAGCACAUGAAAGGUGCUUGACAUUAUUAGGGUUAGAGAAUUGCACAUUAAAAGCUCAGUGAACUCUGGGAGGCUAAAACAGAAGGCCCACAAGUUCGAGCCUAGCCUGGGCAAUGUACUAACUUAAUGAGAUCCUGUUUUAAGAUUUAAAAAGUUUUAAAAGGGUUGGACGUACAGCUCAGUGCAAAGGCUCUGGGCUCAAAUUGUACAAAUAGUACAGAAAAAAAAAACAGCAUUAGAGAGAUACCUAUAUUCCUGAAAUAGAUGACAAGGGUAUAAAAAAUUUGAGCUUUCAUGCAUUGCUGGUCUGCCUGGAAAAUGAUACAAUUGCUCUGAAAGGCCAUAUGAUGGUUUCUUUAAAAAUUAAACACACUUGGACAGUGGGGGAAGAGAACAAGAAGUCAACAAGAAAUAAGCCCUCCCUGUAAGUCAGCACCACACACAGAUUCCUGGGGGCAAAUCCAAUGCCAGCCCCUCCCAGCACACCAGCUGGGUGGGAAACAAGAAGAGCCACCUCCCCCCGAACCCCACCAUAUGCUGCCAGCUUAUCCAGAGAAGCACAGGCUGCAAUGAUGGCUGUUGGGGUGAAAUAGAGUGUAAUUCUUGUAGUGUUUAGGGUUUCCCCGACUUCGCAGGCCUAAAGCCAGUGGUCUAACCAUCUGUGAUCUAUGCAGAGGAUAACAGUACGAAAUGUAACAUCUGUGAGGAGUCUCUUUCUGAAGGUGGUAGCCACUGUUAACUCCCUAUUAUCUUGAUUUGAAGUCCUGUAUCAUUUUCAUUGUUUUGAUGGGUUGGGUUCUAUUCUGUUUUGUUUGAUUUUAUUGUAUCCAAUGCCUUGGACAGCUAUUUCAAAAAUAACAAGAUACAUUAUGGUAGUCAUUGUAAAUUUACUGCUGCCUCGUUUUGAAGUCCUUUGUUUCAUUGUUUUGUUUUUAUUGGGUCUCUUCUGUUCUUUUUUGUUUGAUUUGACUGUGUCUGAAGGUGUGGGCAGGUAUUGUGAAGACAAGAGGAAGCGUUAUGGUAACUAUUGUUGAUUGCCUAUUGUUUUGAAGUCCUGUAUCACUUCCACUGUUUUUUUUUUUUUUUUGAUUGGCUUUAUUCUGUUUUAUUUUGCUUGGUGUUAUUCUCUUUAAAAUAAAAAAAAUUAGAUACGCUUUUCUA